GGGAAAGAAAUCAACAAAUCAAUAUUUUUUUUAUAUUCGCUAUUUGAAAUUGAUAUCUUUUCCUUCAAUUAGUGACAGCGGUGUUCAAAGUGCGAAUGAAUUAAGGAUUUCGACUUUCGUUCGAAGUGCUGUAAAAGGUGAGCUAUGAGGAAAAAUAAGCUACCAAUCAGAUAAUGCAGGAACUUUUCUAGAAAAUGGGAUGCAUUUUCACAAAACCCGAAAGGAAUGGCAGACACAGAAAAAUUUUCCGGGUGUACAAUGUUGAUGAACAUGGUGAAGAAUUGAAUCAUGGGAAAAUUGAAGUGACGGAUUCGGACCUGAUUCUGUACCAUCGGCAGAAGGAGAUCCGCUGGCCGCUUCGAUGUCUGAGGCGGUACGGAUGGGAAGAGGAACUAUUCUCCUUUGAAAGUGGCCGAAGAUGUGCGACAGGACCAGGGAUAUUUGCUUUCAAGUGUCAGAGAGCUGAGGUACUGUUUAACACUGUACAGGAAUCCAUUCGUAGGGCAGGACAAAGUGAGCAGAAUGUGCAUCACGUGGAAAAUACUCAUAACAAUAGUCGACCCCCAUCCAUGAUUGAAAUCCCAGACUUUCAGAACAGGAAUGGCAACCAUUCAAACGGAAAUCCGCACCUACCCCAAAUGAGCAUGGAAAAUUACGUAAACCAGGUAACCGUGGAUAGUAGGAGCCAGUAUGCCAAUACUAUGCCCCCUGCUAACGCCACUCAGAGUAUAUUUGAUAUUCUUCAUAUGGACGUUCCACAACCAAGCCAGCCUGUACCUCAGCUGAACAGUAUCAAUUACACAGAUCUAGUGUUCACAUCCAGUGACGACAGUUUGUGUAAUAAUGACAAUAGUCCGGAGCCGGAAGAGGGUUCGCCUGUGAACACAGAGGACGUCUUUUUAGAUGACAAUGUUCAAAACUAUGUGAAUGUUCAGCCAGAUAAGCAGCCCGCUAGACCUCCACCCCCUGUUCUGACCCGUAGAGAUACCAAUGGAAUGACUAAUUAUAGUAAUCAGUCUAGUCUGACCACAAUGGACCAAUCAGGUUGUCUGUACAUAACGGUGGACACGGGGUCAGUUUCUGCCCCUGUGGCCCCGGCGCCACCUGCUCCUGUUAGAGAGCAGCCCCCCACGUACGCUGUGAUAGACAUAGCUAAGUCAGAAGCCCUACAGAAUACACAGAGAGACAGGGUCAGUAGUCGAUGGGAGGAAAACGAUAACUGCAGUCGUAAAACGCGGCACAAUAGCACGUUCGACUGAUCGUCAUUCAGUUCAACAUGGAGGAAUUGAGAGGAUCCAAUACCAAGGGUAAUUGUUUGUAGUCAUAAGUGAUAUUAACCAUUUUGCCAUCCAAAAAGGAAAAUUGUAUAUUCGUCAAAUUUAGUAUCUGAAUUUUAUGUUACAAUACAAUGUUUUUUGUUUCAUUUCUCCAUAAAUAUUGGCCAAUUUAUUUGUUUAAAACAAAGGUUGUUGAUCAUAUAGUUACACUGUCAAAUGUUUUUUUUUUGACAAGUCUUUCAAAAUGAGACAUGAAUAAAGAUUUAUAUGUGUAUAUUUAUGCUUUCAUGAGAGAGAUUUACAUAAUUUGCUGAUUUUGUCUUUAGUGUUAUUUUUUUAAUUUAUACAUUAAGGUUGUAUAAUAUAAUUAUUAACACUUUCCUUUGUCUUUUCAUGACUUUUAUAUUUUUAUUUAAUUGGGAGAAAAGUUCUUUUUGGUAGGUGGCCAGCUGUGCUGUGACAUGUUUUA